UAGAUAUAAACAACCCAAAAUACAUACGCGCGCGCCGCGGAGACGAGAUAAAUAACCUGCGAUAACCCCGGACCACUGGAAUCUGGAUAGCGGGCACAGCAAGUCCAAAAAAAGUCCCGAGGAAGCAAGUGGAAGGCUGGAAGACCUCGCCACAGCUUGCCCCCUCCCCCGCCCUCGCGCUCGGGCCUCGCUCCACACCCAGGAAAAGCUCAACCACAACUCUGGACUGACACGCUCGCGCCACGCGUCCCUCUCCUCACAACGCAAUGAUUCCGCCACCCGGAGGGUUCGCCACCAACCUUCAGCUCUUCAAGAGCCUCCUUCUCAACCUGUCGGCCACGGCUCCACUGCUGCGCCUCGUCCCGCCCUCGCUGCUGGCCCGCGCGAGAGCGAGCGGCCGCGAGCGGCUGUGCAAUGCGACCGUCGACUUCAACGUGGAGCACAACCUGGUGCUUCCGGGCGGCCGGGACGCUCAAGGCGCCCGUCCCGGCAUCUGCCCCGACCGCGUCACGUCAGCCGACGGCACGCCGUACCUUGUUCGCCUCAAAAACGCCGGCGCCUUCCUCCACAGCGAUGUCGCUGUCGAGUACUCUCGUCCAAACAUAGAGCACCUCGCUCGCUCGGGCCACUUCACGCCGCAGGAACUCAGCAAGCUGGUGUACAUCCCGCCACUGCCGUGGACGUACGCGCCCGGCGCGGCGCACACGCGCGACGUGCGCAUUCUCGUCACCUUCUCCUCUGACGUC